AUGGCUCUCAAGGUGGAUAUGGAGCAGGCUUACGACUGCAUGGAUUGGGCUACCCUUGAGCAUGUCAUGAAGCUUAUGCGGUUCCCGGAGCGUUUUAUCACCUGGGUAAUGCGCUGCAUUUAUUUUCCUAAAUUUCAAUUGCUAAUUAACGGAUGCAGGAGUGAUUGGAUUGGCGGCUCGAGCGGGUUUCGGCAGGGGUGCCCCCUUUCGCCAUAUCUUUUUAUUCUUUGCUCGGAGCUACUCACGAAGGCCAUUGCCCAACGCGGCACGACCCUUAGCGUUCAGAUUUCUCAAAAUGCCCCUUCGGUUUCACACCUGCUGUACCUGGAUGAUGUGCUGGUCUUUGCGGAUGCUAGCACGAGUAAUGCUAGGAGGACGAUGGCUCUCCUGAAUGACUAUUGUAUUUGGACUGGCCAACGGAUCAACUGCGCUAAAUCGGCGAUCUUGUUUAGCAAAAGAUGCCCGCUUUGGAAACAAAGAAGGAUUGCUCGGGACAUUGACUUCCGCCGGGUGCAGUCCCUGGAGUAUCUUGGCAUCCAAUUGGUUAUGCGGAAGCGGGUCAAGUCGGAUUUUGUCAAGGUGGUGCGAUCGGUCUCUGAUAAGGUUAACGUGUGGGGACGCAUGCAUCUUUCCAUGGCUGGCAGUGCCACUCUAAUCCAGACGUUGCUGCUUGCGUCCGCUAUGUAUCUCAUGACACAUACGGCAGUCCCCAUGGGCACCUUGAACGCCAUCGAGAGAAUGGCUAGGCAAUUUCUGUGGCAGAAAGAUCCGAGUAAGAAAGGGCUGCACUAUGUUUCGUGGUGGGAACUUUGCUGCCCCAUUACUGCUGGAGGCCUUGACUUCCAUGCGUCCGCACUUUGGCAAAGCCCCUUACGGGCCAGACUUGCUUGGGCUGUGUUGCACCACAAUGGUUCGCUCCUUGGCAGGACUAUCGCCGCUAAAUAUGGGCUAGACUUGUGGAAUGUCCCUGCGGGAUGUAGUGCGUCCGUCACCUGGAAGAUCAUAAAGGAUGGGGUGGUGGCUUUGCGCCCCAUCAUCCGCUGGAGCAUUGGGAACAGAGAAUGCAUUGAGGCCCUAAAUGAUACUUGGAUUACCAAUAGAUACCUGGCUCGUUGGCCAUCGUUUUUUGCGGUCGAAACUAUUGAUGGCCGGAUGGUUAGUGACUUUUUGGAUGAUAACCUGGGAUGGAACAGAGAGCUCGUCCUAACUUCUUUCGGCCCGGUGAUGACUGAACACAUUUGUGCUAUCCCGACCCGGGUUGGUGGUGACAAGGACAUUCCGAAACUUGUUAACUUGCCGUUUGGCACUACGAUCACUGCCCAGGCGUAUAAGGGGAACUUCCGUCAAGAUCAGUACCAAUUUCUGUGGCUCAGGAAAUUCAAGCUCCACCCGAGAGAGCAGCUGUUCUGGUGGAGAAUUUUGCGUGGGGCUAUCCCAUCAAACCGUUGGCUGUUUCGGCAAAAUCUAAAUGACCACGGGGACUGCCCGUGGAAUUGCAACCUGGCGGAGACGGUCGAGCACCUCACGGUUAGCUGCGAGAUGUUGAAUGUGAUCCUUCGGGUGCUGGACGGAUGGGGGAUCGCGGUGCCUACCUUUAAUUCUUUGGACUGCUUACUGGCCGGCUUUGCUCAAGCGGCUGAGCAAAACCCGAGUGGGGGUCAGCUAUACUGUUACGUUGUCUACCAGGCUUGCGUGCUCGCAACGACAAAGUCCAUGGUAGAUCCUUUGGAACGCCUACGGUCCUUGCGGCUAAUGCUCCUUUGGGCUGUCGUCUUCCUGCUAUUGGUGCACCCCCCUCCUAGGUGGGUUAAGUUUAAUGUGGACGCCUCUGUUCGCCCCAACGCUGUGGCCGGCCUUGGUGUGAUUGCCCGGGACCAUGCUGGCCGGCUCGUGGCUGCUGUUGUGACUCAAGUGGAGCAAUGGGAUAUGACUAAGGCUGAGAUUCUUGCCGGCCUUGCCUUUCAGGGGGCUAUUGAAGAGUGGAUGCACAACUUGGACGGAAUUAUCAUUGAGUGUGAUUGCCGGAGUGCAGUCCAAUGGCUCCAAGCCGCUUUCAACCGGCUCAACAAGCUUCAUGUCCAGACCGAUGGGCCGGAUCUUUCCUUCCUGCUAGAAUUUAAGCAUGUUAUCUUUCAGUAUGCCCCGAGGGAGCUAAACCGCCCAGCAGAUUAUUGUGCCAACCUGGCUUGUUUUGGGAAUUUUAUGUGGAAAGAUUGUGAUAGUAGAGAUAUUCCUCCCUCCCUUUUGUCUUUGUUGGAGGAGGAUAGCACUAGAGCUUAG